AUGGCAGCAAACGGUAACCAGGACAUCAAGUCUCCCGUGCCCGGCGAAAUGUCGGCGUUCACUGGAGACGAUGGAGAUGCCGCUUCCAUCCAGCUCAAGGAGACCCAAGAACCAAACCGCAUGGCAGAGGCUCAGGCCAUGAGCGAAGAGGAGAUAGCCGAAGUUGAGAAGAAGCUGAAACGGAAGCUUGAUUUUCGUCUUCUCACUGUCGUAUGGAUCAUCUUCAUCUUGAACUAUCUCGAUAGAAAAAACAUUGCCGCAGCCAAAGUCGCUGGUAUCAAAGACAGUCUGAGACUUGACGACACUCAGUACGAGACGGCGGUUUCGAUCUUGUUCGUCGGUUACAUCCUCAUGCAAAUCCCCUCGAACAUCUACCUUACCCAGAUUCGACCAUCUCUUUUCAUUCCCGCUUGUGUCGUUGUGUGGGGUGGCAUGUCCGCAGCUACGGGUGCGGUCACUAAUCUCUCAGGACUUUAUGCUAUUCGUUUCUUCUUGGGAAUCGUCGAGGCAGCCUUUCUCCCUGGUGCGCUGUUCUUGAUCUCAUCAUGGUAUAAGAGAGAUGAAAUGGGCUUCCGCGGAGCUAUCUUGUUCUCCGGCAGUCAACUGGGGAGUGCCUUCUCCGGUCUGAUUGGUGCGGGAAUUCAACACUCUCUCGACGGCGCCAAAGGUCUCGAAUCAUGGCGAUGGCUGUUCAUCAUUGAGGGGUGCAUCACCAUCUUCGUUGGUGUCUUCGCCAUCUGGCUGCUCCCGGAUUGGCCGUCAACCACAUUCUGGCUGACUCCCAAGGAGCGCGCUGUUGCUGAGUGGCGUCUAGUCAAAGACGCUGGACAGGUUGAUGAAGACGAUGAGCCAUGGUCGUACGGCUUCAAGCUUGCCCUGAUGGAUUGGAGAGUUUACCUCUUUACCUUCCUUUUUAUCUGCAUCCAGGUCUGCUCUGCGGUUGGAAACUUCUUCCCCGAUAUCGUCGACACUCUUGGGUAUGGUCGCGUCAAGACUCUUCUUCUGACUGCGCCGCCCUACCUUGUUUCUCUCUGCGUCUCCAUCGCCAACAACUACUCGGCCGACCGAACUCACAAUGCAAGCUUUCACAUCAUUUGGCCGAUGUGCAUCGCUAUCAUGGGAUACAUCAUCGCUGCCACAACUUUGAGCACGGCACCCAGAUACUUUUCCAUGUUUUGCAUGACCAUUGGCGCAUACGGUACGAACGCAGUGUUGUUGGCUUGGGUACAGAAGACCAUGAUAAGACCACGCAUCAAGCGCGCUUCUGCCGUAGCUAUCGUCAAUGCUCUUGCCAACACCAGUCAAGUCUGGACUUCUUAUCUCUACCCAGACUACGAUGCGCCUCAUCACGUACUGGCCAUGAGUGUCAACGCUAGCGGCGCUUUCCUCGCUAUAUGCACAGCCCUUGUCUUGCGGUUCAUUCUCCUUCGAUACAACAAGCAGCUCGCAAGCGGCCAGAAGACAGUCGCCCAGGUCAUGAAAGGAGAGGCAGUCAAGGCCAUUUCAGGUGUGACAUCGGAGGAGAAUGAGAGAAGAAGGGAGGCGUUCCGAUUUGAUGCGUAA